UAACGUUAUUUCUGUUGAACUAAACUCUGCAUUUGCGACGCAUUUCAAGUUUACCACCGCAUUCCCCGCAGUCUCAAUUAAUGGCCCCCUGGCCAAUUUUGGUUGCGAGGGGUAAACAAACCCACGUGGCGGGGCGGCCAAACGUCAAGUGUCACCACAGCGGAGAGGCGCCUCGAUAAUCACCUCUCGGUGCACGUCACAUGGCAGUCAUCGUCGUCGCCACACACUGCUGACAAUGGAGGUGGACGAGCGCCUUCUGUGGCUCAUCAGUGCGCUCAAAGCCGCCAAUGAUUCUGGUGAAGUGAACAAAGAAAAACUCCUCAAGAACAUUAGCAGUUGCUUCUUGCGAAUCAAGAGAGAGAAGAAAGCUCUCAGUGUGUCAGCAAGUCAUUUGGCAGAAGAAUUACAAGACUUUCAAGUGAAGGCAGCAGUGCUCCUAUUGUUGUGUUUGCCUGACAUUCGUGAGCUUCCAAAUGUUAAAAACUGUGCAGAGUUUCAGUCACUCACUUCAUCCUUACCAGUAUUUUCAGACUCCAUUUUCUUCACAGUGGUUCGUACACAAAAGAUCUUUCUCUUGUCUCCCCUGCUGUCAUGGCUCCCAGCACACGUAGUUCAAACACUAAGCAGAGAGUAUUUUCACAAGACUAAUGAAGUUACCCCUGUGACUCUGGCCAUCACUGUAGAGUUGCUGAAGGCAAUUUUGUUCACAAGUCAACACUGCCACACAAGUCAUCAAAGCUCAAUGAGUUACAAGGAGUGCCUUGAGUUAUUAGUAAAAUUUCUUUCACUGAAACAUGUUUCUGAUGACACCCCAGCAAUGAUAAAGUUUAGUGGAUACUUAUGCAUGUACAUGUUUGAGUGUCUAUAUUUGCUGUUGAGUGCUCAUGUUGGUAGUAUGUGGACACCAAGAACAUUUUCAUGUGUCAAAAUGUGGACUGAGUUGUGGGAAAAAGACAUGAGCAACAAAGAAACUUCCAUCUUGGACAUAAGGGAAACCAUAAAGUCAAUUUUCAUGUUGUGUCAGAAGAACAACAAGGAUGUGGUUGUCCAUAUGUGGAUGGAAUGGAGCGAACAAAUGCUGCCACAAACAAUUGAAGUCCAUGCAAAUUCAAAUCAGUUUGGAAAAGGACGGAGCAAGAGCAUCCAGCUGGUGAUCUGCAACGUGGCCUCUGAUGUGCUGAAGGUCCUUGAGGCCCAUCCACAGUUGAAGGAGGAGCUGGACACUAGUGCAUGCCAAGAGCUGCUUCAAUUCUUUCAUCAAGUGGCAGCAGAUCCUGACCAUGACCCAGACCAAGAUUUAAGUCUUGAACAACUUCUAGAGGAAAUAAAUCUUAAGGAUGAUAGACAAGAGAAGCUGUUGGGUAUUUUGGUUCAGAAUGAUGGAGUCUUCACCAGUGAUGAUGCCUGCAGCUGCCUGAGGGAGCACACAGCUGCACUCAACACCCAAAUAAAACUUCAGCUCUUGGAACGCUGCAUUGAGUGGGUAAAAGCAGACAAGGCCUUCAAUACUGAGUUAAAAAAUGUUGUCUUGGACUUGGCUACAGACCUCAGUCCAGAGCACCUCAAUCCCGUCAUUGAGUGCAGCUUGUCAGCCGGACUGAGCGAAACUCUGAAAACACCUUCAUUUAGAAACCAGUUGACAGCUGUGCUUAACCAGCUGGCUGAUGAGAGUUCUGCUCAGCCUUCAGGAAGACACGUUUGGCUGUGCCUGCAGUCUGGACGAAGUGUGGUGGAGGAGGCGGUGCAGCAGGCGGUUACCAUGACAGGUCUGGUGCCAGUCAUGGUGAAGGCACUGGCAGACAUUCCACAGGUGUGUCAUGCUGUGCUGUCCUCAGGCAACACACUGUUGGUGACCACUCUGAUGAAGUGGCAAACCUCUGGGCUCUGUGACCGAGAAGAGCAAGAGUUUAUUUCCCUAGUGAAGCAUUUGCUGAGUGAGGAAGGAGUGUUAGAUACACAAGAAGUCAUGCAAAUGAUGGUGAAGCCGUUCCUGGUGAUAGAAGGCUGUAGGAACCUUGAUAAAUUGAUCCUGCCUCUUGAAAUUCUGAAGGAGGUGAUGACUCAAGAUGUUGAUGCUGUCUUGCUGUCUGGGCCAACAGUUGUGAGUCUGGCACUUGCACUCACCCAUGUGUUGGAUGCCACUGUGUGUCUCGAGGGCCAGGGAGCCAAUGUGCUUCUUACCCUCAGGUCCCUGGCCUCCACCAUCCUCGUGGGGAUUGUUGAUGCCCUCAUGAACAGCAACAAGAAAUUUGAAAAAGAAAUAAAUCUACUCAAACAAAUGAUGGGCCGGUACAACCUGCAUCCAAUGAGUGUCGUGUGUUUGUCAAGAGUAUUGGAGGCUAAGUUCACUGGUGACAGACAUCCUGACCUGGUGCUGCAAGCUCUGGUGAAGCUGCCCCCUGGCAUGUUACAAGAAGGCUCCUCAGGCAUUCCUACACCAGUGCUCACAAGGCUCCAAACAAUGUCAAAAACAGAGUGGACCAUUAGCCUCCUCCAGUUGCUUCCUCACUGUGGCGAGAGUGAAUGGAAAGUCGCUUUCUUCUUAAUUGAUCAUGCCCUUGGAUCUCCACUUAAUGUGUUUGCAGUGCUAGAAGUGUUCCAGGUGGUGGCUUAUCUGGUGUGUGAAUCUCUCGCUCCCACACCCACACCACUCCAGCCUGAGGAGCCAGACACACCCACGCCCUCUCCACCUGCAUCACUCCACCACUUCUUUGUAUUUUUUUCUUCUGCUGUUAUGAACUAUCUUGAAACGAGAACUCCAAAACAGAUUCUACGGCAGAAAUUCUUAAACUUUGGUGGUAUUUUUCGGUGGUGGUGUCGCAUUAUCCCUUCCUUUUGUUGCAACCCAGAGCUGCCCACCCUCGUCCUGGCCCGAAUGUGUGCUGCAAUGGAAGAGAUAAUGGUCAGUGGUGAUCUUAAGGUGGUAAAUGGUGAACACACUGGGACAGGCAACGCCACUAGUGAGUGUGUGAAUAAGGGCAAGACUGAGUCAUUAUCAGAAAAGUAUGUAAGUAAAAUCAUUGUUCAUAGAGAGAAAAUUGAGGAAAACCAAAAGCACAGAGAGCCAGGCAGUGAAAGUAAGGCUCCUAAAGUGUGUGCAAAUAAGAAUGAGAGUAAGUCAUUUUCAGAAAAGCAGACAAGUGUCAUCAGUAUUCAAACUGCAGAGGAGGCAAAAAAGAAAAACCCUGAUCAUAUAAGACAGAAAAAAAAUGAUGGAAAGGCACAUGGGAGAGCAGGUAAAUGCUCCACACCAAAAAAGGAGAGGUUUGCUGAUCAAUCAUAUAUUGAUGCAAACACCCUGAAGAAGGAAUUUGAGCAAAUGACUCUCUACAUGGCCAAGUAUGUACCCGCAAGUAAUUUACGUGCAGCUGUUGCAGGCAAGCUGAAAAAGAUGUAUGAUGUUUGAAAGAAUUACUGAAUGUUUGUACUAUACACUCUGUUGACACACCAGCUGCCUCUCAAGUUUAUUAUAUCCACUGCUUGAAUCUUGUUUGUUUGACUUUCAUUGUGUCCAGGUCUCGCUUGUUUAUUAUGUGUGGAAUAUUUAUUGCUUACAAUAAAGGGAUAUUUUGAACUCCUUAACCCUUAAACGAUGGGUAUUGUUUUCACGGAAUGGUCCUUGGAUACGGGUAAAAACAGCUGCUAUUUUUUUGUUGUUUAUUCACAUUGUAUGAAGUGUCUUAAUUCACUGAACACAGCAGUGAAAUCCAAAUUGUGAUACUUUGUGUAACAGUCACGCUAGAGCAUGUGAAAUGUAGCCAGGGUGUGAGCUGCCGGCACAAAACAGUGCUCCGGGCAGUGUGGAGGGCCCCCGCCAAGGACGCACAAUGUGUCAACACAGGCUGGCCACAGUGGUGGCUAGUCUGAAUGUCAAUAAUAUGAACUGUUCUUUACACUGAAAUAAUUUAGACAUCAUCUGCUCACUUACCUUCAGUCCUCCUCAGAGCUGUCUGUUUCAGUCGAGGGAACACAUGCCUUACACGUAGCCUUCUUACCCUGCACUGUUGUCUUGGAAGCACUUGCUGGCCUAAAGUACAGUACAGAUAGUGAAAUAACAUCACUAUCUAAGUCACUCUCACUACUGUGUCACUACUCACAAUGCUUUCAUCACUGUUAUCCUUGUACUCAGAAUAAUCUUCACUCUCUAUCCUGUCCUUUCCUCCUGAUGCAUCACUGUGUUUCCCUGUGUUUUCUUAUCUUAGAGUUCCAGGGCUGCUCAAGGAGGACUAAUGAUCUUAUUUCAAAUCCACAUGGGUCAGAUAUGCUGGCAGACAACUCAGCAAGUCACAGAAUCUGCCAAAUUUGAUGUAAACAUUCAAAUUAGUGGCACAAAAGAGUCUGAUAAAAUAAACAAUGGCAGUAACUGUACGGACCGUGCCGUGUUUGAUUAAAUAAACGACGGCUGUCGUUUCAGGGUUAAGGAAGAAUAUUCAUUUUGUCUAAUGUCACUGCCACCCUGUAUGAGUAAGAACAAGCAAAAUGUUUGAAAAGAAUAUGUAAAGGAAUAUGAUUUAUGAAAAAGUUGUUAUCCCUCA